AGAUAUGUUUAAGGUCCUUUUAUCUGAGUUGCAUCACAGCGUCAUUUUAAUGAAAUGGGGACGGACACAGUGGAUGUUUAUCUACUUUAUGGUCUCAGGUACUCACUCCGAGGUCACAGUACACCAGCCUCCCUUGCUUACUGCUGCUCUGGGUCAUGAUGUUAUCAUGCCGUGCAGGCUCAGUCUUUCCAACAAUGAGAAAAUGCUGAUUACACCAGUUCUGUAUUGGAUGUACAAUUCCACACUGAAGGUCAUGCCCACCUCUGACAAAUAUAAGGAACGUGUACACACUCUGGACAACACAAACUCUUCAGACAAGUCCAUACUCUUGAAAAAUGUGAUGUGGGCUGACAGUGGAAAGUACCUAUGUAAACUCUCCAUCACCACAGAGGACCAAAGUUUUAGGAAAAAAGGAAAUGAAACUUUGCUGAUUAUUCAUGACACCAUGUUCUUUAACCUCACCAGUCACAAUGACUCUCAGCUCCAGUGUGAAGUAAACGUGACCAGGGAUCCCAGAAUUGUUUUGUCCAUUUUUCAUGAUGGAUGCAAAUUCCAAACUGUAAACAACGCUGUUACAGCGCUGCCCUACAAUACACUCUCCGAGACCAUCUCUCUGAAAGGCAGGGGGAAAUAUGAGUGUCAGCUGCACCUGAAUGAAGAUCUGAUCAUGAAAAGCAUCUUCCACUGGCAUUCGCCUGAACCAGAUGUGGUGUUUCCAGAGCCGUGGUUCCUGUACAUGGCUAUGCUCCUGGUGCCCAUCAUCAUCCUGCUGUGCCUGGUCAUUGCCAUGCUUAAAGACAGAUGCUGUGUUGUUCAACAUUUGGCUGGAACGGAGAGGCGUAGUAAGGGAGAAUCAGGUUGUCAGCAGAGAAAAGAGAUGCAUCUCUCCAAUGCCUUACAGGAUAUGCAACAAUGAACUCAUCCUACUUAGAAGAAUUUUGUGUGCAUCCAAAACCUGAUAUAUCAGAGAGUAGUACCAUGUAAGACAGACAAACUUCAAAAAAGUUUUGAUAUUUGGCACAAAGCUAUUGAAGCACUGUAAACCACUGUUCCCACAUGUACUGUAUGCAGUGGUGUCUGCCUUACACAGAACUACUCUCCUGAGACUGAAAACGUGAUUGCUGUUAUAAGUCUUUGGAGACAUUUCUAAACAAAAUAACGUGCCCAAAGUCUUUGUGAUGAAGAAACAUGCCACCCAGUACGAUAGUGUGGUUCAAUCAUGUGUAUUAAAUCGUUUUUGGACAACAACGAAGCUCUACGGCACAGAGGAAUAAGAUAUAUCAGGUUUUGAAUACACACACAAUACUUGUAAAAAGAUAAAUUCAUUGUUGGUUUGGCUCUGCACAUGAGAAGAUUCAUGAAAAGCCUGUGAGAGUGCCUGUGACUAAAGCCAACCACAAAAUAUGUAUAUGCAUUAAUAGAGGACAUAACUGUAAAUCAUUUCUUAUUCCAAAUAUCUAGUGGGAUAAUAUAUAAAUCUACGGUGAUCUACAUUUACAAAUAAUAUUUCUGUGCCUUUUCAUCACCUCCUAGUACAAAUUAAUUGGGGAAGAUUUAACUAAAUGAGUUUGAUAUUUGACUCUGAAUAUUACUACAUAGAAAAGUAACAGAAUAUCAAAAUGCUUUUAUGUUUUCUUGGGCUUGUGCAUUCUAAUGAGGUGAUGUGAGUGCUGAGUUGUAUUCAUUCUUAUUGCUCUGUGGUUAAAUGUGUACAGUCUCAUUGUGGUACUGGCUGUGUGUUUUGGUUUUGAUUUCUCAGGAAGUUUUUGCUUUAAGUCACUGUCAGAGAAGUCCACACAUUCUUCCUUUAUCAGAAAUGUAUGCUUCC